AUCACGUGACCGUCUCUCUACACAGGAAGAGCUGUCACCUGCUUAGCCUUCGACCCGCGGCUCAAAAACAAUGUCCCAGUGAGACUCUUCCCCACCGUCCAGUGUUCCCCCCGAGUCUCCUUCGUCCCGGCGGGGCCAGAGUCCGGCACCAUGGCCCAGUGUGUGCAGUCCGUGCUGGAGUUCAUCCAGGACUCGUUCGUCCCCAUGGUGGCCGUGCUGAGCAGCAAAGAGGCGGACAGGCUGACCCGCAAGAACAACCUGAACUUCUCCGAGCUGCUCCGGCCCUUCUGCAGACUCACCUCCGAAGGGCAUAUCCGGGAUCCCAACAACCAGCUGCAGACCGUGAAGAACCUGCGUAUCUGUGUGAACAAUGUGGUGACGACCCCGACCCCGAGCUCUGCUGCCCUGAGCCCUGCUCAGUACCGGCAGCUGGGGGAGGUGGUGCUCUCCUGUCAGCCACUAGAGGGCGCCCUGGCCACCGCCAUGAGGACGGGAGACUACAACCUCAGCCUGAGUGUAACCACGCCCUGGUUCGAGACCUACCGGGAGAACUUCCUGCAGCUGAUGCCGGCCUCUGAGCACGAGUUCCUCAACCACUACCUUGCCUGCCUGCUGGUGGUCUCCUCCACGGAGGCCGUCCCGGUGGAGCAGUUCCUCAAGCUGUCCCAGGAGCAGCACCGGAUCCAGCACAGCGGGGAGUACACCAACCCCAAGUGGUUCAUCCCCAACACGCUCAAGUACUACGUCCUGCUGCACGACGUGAGCGAGGGGGACGACCAGAGGGCAGAGACGGUUUACGAGGAUAUGAAGCAGAGAUAUGGACCCCAGGGCUGUUACCUUCUGAAGGUGAACUCCCGUUCCUCCUCGGCUGGAGAGGAGGAGCAGAUCCCCGACCCCUGGAGUCAGUACCUGCACAAGAACAACCUCCGGAACCAGGACGUCCUGGAUCUGACUCCAGCUGCUGCUGAGAACAGUGUUGAUGCCACGGAAGUGGACGACGGCUACUCGGAGGAGCGAGAUGGAGCUGUAGAAGCCGGCAGCCCGGACACCCAUCCUCUCCAGCUGGAUGCAGACAGCAGCUCGGCCAGUCUGCGCACUCUCAACGACGUCAGCAUGGACCUGAAGAAAGGCCCGAGGGAUCCGGACAGCGCGGCAGGAGGAGGUGGAGGGGGAGGAGGUGGAGGCCACGGCGCCUGCCUCACCCUCAACGACCACGACCACAUCCGACAGUUCAUCCAGGAGUUCACCUUCAGGGGGCUGCUGCCGCACAUCGAGAAGAACAUCCGGCAGCUCAACGACCAGCUGGUCUCCAGGAAGGGCCUGAGCCGCUCGCUCUUCACGGCCACCAAGAAGUGGUUCGGCGGAGGGAAAGCUCCGGAGAAGAGCAUCAGUGAACCCAAGAGCACGUGCGGCCUGCUGUAUCCCCCCGAGGCCCCUGAGCUGCAGAUCAGGAAGAUGGCCGACCUGUGCUUCCUGGUGCAGCACUACGAGCUGGCCUACAGCUGCUACCACACCGCCAAGAAGGACUUCCUGUCGGACCAGGCCAUGCUGUACGCCGCAGGAGCGCUGGAAAUGGCUGCGGUGUCGGCCUUCCUGCAGGGUGGAGCCCCCCGGCCGUAUCCAGCCCACUACAUGGACACUGCCAUCCAGACGUACCGAGACGUCUGCAGGAACAUGGUGCUGGCGGAGCGCUGCGCCCUCCUCAGCGCAGAGAUACUCAAGAGUCAGGCCAAGUACUCGGAGGCUGCCACUCUGCUCAUCAAGAUGACCAGCGAGGACUCGGACCUGCGCAGCGCUCUGCUGCUGGAGCAGGCGGGCCACUGCUUCAUCAACAUGCGGAGCCCCAUGGUGCGCAAGUUCGCCUUCCACAUGAUCCUGGCCGGCCAUCGCUUCAGCAAGGCAGGACAGAGGAAGCACGCGCUGCGCUGCUACACCCAGGCCAUGCAGGUGUACAAGGACAGAGGCUGGUCCCUGGCAGAAGACCACAUCAACUUCACCAUCGGCCGCCAGUCCUUCACGCUGGGCCAGCAGGACACGGCCGUGGCCGCCUUCAAGCAGAUCCUGGUCAACGACAGCCGGCAGCUGGCCACGCAACAGGUGGCCUUCCUCAGAGAGUACCUCUACGUGCACAAGUGUGUGUUGGAGGACGAUGAAGCGGGCCUCCCCCAGCUGCCGCUGCCCUUCAUCCACAGCUCCGCCACGCGCGUCUACUUCGGACACGAGCGCCGCCUGGCUGAAGGAGAGAAGCAGGCGGCCACCCACGUGUCCCUGGACCAGGAGUACGACCCGGACCUGUCGGCCAUGUGGUGCCACCUGGAGGAGCAGCUGGUGGCCUCGGCCAACCGGGGGCUGGUGCCCGUCAACUUCCAGCCCACGCAGUGCUGCCUCAACAGCCAGACGGACAACCUGCGGCCCCCGCUGGCCGUGGUGGAGGAGCCCAUCAUCGUGGAGGUGACGUUCAGGAACCCCCUGAAAGUUCCUCUGGCUCUGUCUGACCUGUCGCUGCUCUGGGGGUUCACUCCUGCUGACGGGCUCCCAGGGGAGCCCGGAGAGCCCGGCGCCGGCCAGGAGGCCGCGCCGUCACAGGUGGGAACUCUCCACAGGGGAAAUGUCCUCCCAGAACCUGAAUGCAGCAGAAGAGUUGUCUUCAGCGUCUGCUUGAUGUUGCAGGUGCUGCAGGACGACGACGCCGUCACCACGGAGAUCAUCACCGAGUUCCACCUGGGCCCGGAGGAGACCAAGAUGGCCCGGCUGAAGCUGCUGCCACACAGAACGGGCCAGCUGAACAUCGAGGGAGUGGUUUACAGCCUGGCCUCGUCCGGGGAGAUGAGCUCCAGCAGUGAGGCAGGCCAGCAGCCGGCCGACCUGCUGGUCCGCGGCCGGCAGGACCUGAAGAUCCAGGGCCCGCGGCUCAACCUCACCAAAGAGGACAAGAUGCUGGUGCGGCACGGCACGGACCGACGCCUGGAGCCCGUGGUCACCCCGCCCAUGCCCCUCAUGGAGGUGUUCUUCCUGCAGUUCCCCACCGCCCUGCUGUGUGGGGAGAUCCGGAAGGCCUACGUGGAGUUCUGCAACGUGAGCGGCGUGGCUCUGCGCGGCCUGCGCGUGGCCUCCACCCACCCGGACUUCUUCACCUUCGGCAACAGCGCGUCCACGCCGUCCACGUCCCCCCCCGCCUCCCCCGAGAGCUGCUCGGCCUACCAGACCCUGGCCUCGCCCUUCCGGCCGGGCGCGGCGGCGGCGGAGGCGCUGGUGUCGGCGGGGGACUUCAGCCAGCCCUCCGGCGUGAUGCAGAUCCCCGUGGAGGCCGGCGCGCUGCAGCCGGGAGACUCCAUCCAGCUGCCCCUGUGGCUGAGAGGACCCGACCAGGAGGGAGUGCACGAGAUCAGCUUCCUCUUCUACUACGAGAGCGCAGAGAAGGGACUCAAACUCAGCCACCGGGUGCUGCGCCACACCGUCUUCAUCUGCGCCAGCCGCUCCCUGAGCGUGCAGGCGUCCACCUGCCGCAGCACGGCGCCGCCGCCGCACGGCUCCCCGGAGGACCGCGGCAGCGGAGGAACGCUGGUGUUCAUCGACGUGGAGAACGUCAACACGAGCGAAGGAGGCGUCCGCGAGUUCCACAUCGUCCAGGUGUCCAGCAGCAGCCAGCACUGGCGUCUCCACAAGUACAUCAACCCCGACAAGGACAAAGACUGUAAGCUGAGCAGCAGAGAAAGAACCAAGCUUUGCUUCAAGGCGGCGCGCUGCAAGCCUCCUCCAGCUCCCUCGGACGCCACGCACAAGUACACGUUUGCAGACCUGAACCUCGGAAAUGAACGGAUCAUCAGCUCGUCCACGCCGUGUGGAGACUUCUUCUUCCGCUGCUGUCGGACCCCGGAGGGUCAGCAGGCGGAGCCCACGUCGUCCCGCCAGUCCUCCGGAGGGAAGUCCCAGAUGUUCGCUCCCGCCCAGAACAGAACCGCUGACAUCACAAGCAUCGCCAAGAAGUGCAACGAGUUUGACCUCAACAUCAUUGUGAUCUGGAAGGCCUACGUGGUGGAGGACAACAAGCAGCUGAUCCUGGAGGGGCAGCUGCACGUGGCUCUGCAGACCAUCGGCAAGGAGGCCAGUUCUCUCACUCCCAAAGAGGAAGCUCAGGAGAUGAUGCUGCUCAAGUUCAAGUCGGAUCUGCCCCCGACGGUUGUUGCUCCGUUCCCAGAGCUGUCCCAGCUCAUCAAGACCAACCUGCACUACCCCGAGACCUUCCAGCACCGCUUCACUCAGGACAGCCUCUGUCUGGUUCCGGUGACCCUGACUCUGUCCAACUGCUCCCUGGCUCAGAUAGACGUCAUCGUGGACCUGAGACACAAAAGCACCAGCUCCGACUCCCUGGACGUGCACGGCUCCUUCGCCUGGGUGGGCCAGAGCCAGCACAAGCUGCAGCUGCCGCCGCAGCAGGUGUGCAGCGUGACGCUGCGGGCCUGCUUCUGCCGGCCCGGCGUCUACAACCUCAACACGCCGCGGGUGUUCGCCAAGCCGGCCGAGCAGAGCGCCAUGUGCGAGUCCAGUCAGCAGACGGCCAGCCCGGCUCUCAUCAUCAUCACCAACGCCUGAGAGGACGCGGCGCUGCGGAAACCACAGAAACCAGCAGCUUCCCCGUCAGCUUCCCCGUCAGCACCGGCCAUCAGGACUCUGAUGAGCUGAUGGCUGAUGCCUGCAGCUCCUGACAGGACGUCAGGCUGGACCUCUGGAGUGCUGGUUUCUGCUCUUCUGGACCUGUUUCAGUCUGGAAACACCUGAUCUCCGGGUGAGCGGGACCCUCGGGUGACUGGGAUCACGUGACUGAAGCGGCGAGAGCGGCAGCUCGUCUGAGCUCCGUCUCCUCUUCAUCACAGCCUGAGCCUUCGGUUUUCCCAUCAACCCGUGCGCUUUAUCUCAGAAACUGCUCCCAGACGGACUCAACCUCUCACCUGCAAGUUCUGUUUAUUUAUAACGAAUUGGAUGUAAAUAGAAAUCAGGAGAAAUGUAACUAACAGAGCUGGAAACAGGUUGACUGCAGGCUGCAACAUGUUUUCUUUUUUCUCUUUUUUUUGGGGGGGGGCGCGUUUGAUUUCCAUCAUUCGUCCUCAUCAAACUGCAUAUUUACACAUAAAGGAGUAUUUUCCUGACUUUCAUUGAAUAUUUGUAGACUCUGCGUAUUUAAAUAUCCUGAAUAUUCUUCACAAGCAGCACGGUUCAUUCCAACGAUGAAGAACAUGCAAGAACAGCAAAAAAGAAGGAACAACGUACUGCUUUUGUAUUAUUGUACAUCUGUGAAUGAGUUAAGAACUUUAGACAUAAUUAAUCGGCAUCAUGCUAAAAUGAAAAAACUAAUA